AUGUUUAUUGAUAAUUCUAUUAACGAGAAAUACAUACGGACUUUAAACCUUGGCUGCUUCCCCAAAACCGUACUAAAUUUCCAAGAUAGUCAAGAUUAUUUUCAACAGUUGGUGUUUGUUGACUAUCAGUUACAAUUGUUGAUACGGAACGAGUUCAAUGGUGAGGAAUUGACUACUGUACGAGACUUUGUAUCGACUGAUAACCGCAACCCGCCACAGCAAAAUCCCAAGGAGAAGUUAAUCCAGUUGAUCAAUUACACAAACUCAAUUCACCUAAAUUACCAGCAUCACGAUAACAGUAGAACUUAUGAAGAGAAAUUAUACUAUGUCAAUCUAAUGUCUCACUUGUUGUACUUGGAUGGUAACUUUUACGAAAUGCAUAAACUUCUCAAAUCAAUCACCGUUAGUCAUCAAGUCAACAGAGCAACAAAUUUGAACGUUUCUGCAAAUUUAUUGGAAUUUAUUCAAUACUUGACUUGUCGAUAUUAUACAUUGUUGGGAUUGAGCAAUAUUGAUGAUGGUGUGUCGGGCACAACUAAAGUCUGGGUAGAAUAUUUGAUCCAUUUCAACAGACCAUUUUCCAAAUCACAAGUUGUGGCUAAUCAUUGGUUCGAUUUGAUGUUCAACAAAUUAAGCUACUCGUUAACUCAACAAAGUAAUGGAUCAAUAGUUCCCUUAUCUUUCAUCAAUGAAGUUAGUAAUCUACCCUUCUUCAAGAAUAAACUAUCAAUAAUUGCCUAUUCCAACUAUUUGUUACGACCAGAAAAUUCGAAAUUUGUAAAUAAAAAUUUUAAAUCUGAUUAUUCAUCAUUUUUGACUGUUGAUAUAAAUGAGUGCAUUCAUCUCAAGAUUCAGUUUCCAGAUGCAAGUGAUGAAAAUACAAGAAUAAAUGACUUCAUUAAUAACCUAUUUGAGUCUAUUAGCUAUGUUCCUUUCAACUUGGCAAUACUUAAACCAUCUCUCUCCAAGCAGUUCCUUAUUGAUGCUACUACAAAGACAUAUCAAAGCAGAAUUGUGUUAUCAAACUUGAUCUAUACUUUAAUUGACUUGAACGAAUACGACGAAGCAUUGGCAGCUUUCAAUACUUAUAUCACAUACCUGGAAAAAGAUCAAGAACAAAAGAAUGGCUAUAUUGAAGACAUUUUGGCAAUUAUUGAUACUUAUAGUACAUGCAUCAUCCAUUUCAACCCUUUGAAGUCAUUCAAGAAUGUGAAAAAGUUUCACUAUAGCGAUGUGACCAUAGUCCUGAAUAAUCUUGACAAGUAUGUCAAACAGUUGAAGGUGUAUUUGGAUACCUUGGGAGAUUUCAUUGAUUUGACGUAUGAUGAUGAGAAUUAUGCGGGCGAUAAAAAUCCAUUAUCAUUCUUGUACAGAAAGUAUAACCUCAAUGUAUUGCGGUCGGAUCAUUCCCAGUUUAUUGAAUUGAUUUCAAAAGCAUGGCAUUCAAUUGGUUACUAUCAUUACUAUUUAUCCAUGUGUGAAUCACCAAAUCAAAAACUAUUGGAUAAGCAUGUAUUGGAAGUUGUAAAGAAUUAUAAAAACUCAUUGAUCAUCAAUUCUACUGGUAAUGUGCUUUACCUAUUUAGCUAUGCCUUGGCCUUGUCAAACACCGGCGAGUUGAAUCCAGCAUUGAAGCUUUGUAAAUUUAUCUUGAAAAAAUAUCCUGAGUCGUUUAAAACUUGGAAUUUAUUGGUAUUAUUGAUAACCUCGUUCAACAAUGACAAUGACGAAGUGAAUAAACCAGCGGGAGCUUACGAUAACAUCUUACCUGAUACUUUACUUAGUGACGAAAUCAAAGCUAAUGGAGCAGCUAAUAUCGACCAACAGAUGGAUGCUUAUGUGCCUCCAAUACCUAAAAUUCGUGAGCCUGAGAAAUUCAUCAAUAAAGCAUUGAACAUUUCUGGACUAUACAUAUUGAAGCAUCAACAAAAGAAUAUCCAAUUGACUCCUGAAUCCAAGUAUGAAAUUUUGCAGUUGAAGUUGACCCAAAUGGCUGUUUUGGAAUCGGUUCAUGGAACUCAGUAUAUGAUUGAUUUGAUAUCAGAAGUGUUUGUAUUAUACCAUGAAUUAUUUGACAUCAAGUUUAGUUCCAAUGAGAAUCAUGCUUCGUCAAAACAUUGUGGGCUAAUCGAGAAGUGGUCACAUAGACCAAGUUUUAUUGAUGCAAAGGACAAUGCUAAUCAAAGUGUUAUUAAUACGUCAUUACCACCUGCAAUGUCAAUGCAACAGAAGGUUGGGAAAAAGGAAACAAGAACAGGAACAGUGCUUCCACCACCUCUGUUGUUGUCAAAGAAAGAUCGUGAUGAAUCUAAACAUGAGUUAUCAUCAAUUAGGCAUAAUGCGGUUGAUAAACUAAAACGAUUGUCAAAACUUCCUAAGAAGGACACAACAUUUGUAUCAAGAAAAAAUUCAGUGACAUCGAACACAUCAGGGAAAUUGAAUGGUGUUGGAAGUGGUGGGCAUAUCCUUAUUAAAAAGCCCGACUUUUUCAAAAGCGGACAUUCUUCUACUUCACCAAUGCCUCCCGAGAAACCUGUAGCUGCACAAUCAGUACCGCAACGUGCUCUCAGCGUUUCCUCCUCCGCAUCAUCAAAAAUAUCUACAAGAGCAGCAGCUCCCACUCAUACCCAUGAUAGCAUUAUGGAACGUAAAGUAUUACAAGAACUUUGGCUAUGGACGGCAAGUAUUUUCUUGAAAGUUGGACUAUUUGAUGAAUGCGAACAAAGUAUAAUUGAGGCUGAACUUGUAUACGAGCCUAAUGUCAAGACAUUUAUUGCUACGGGGUAUCUUUAUUCAAAGCAAAAGAAGUUUUUAGCACUACAAGAGUUUGAGAGAUCAUUAGAAAUACUCGAUAGAAACGAUCCGUUCAAUAAAGUUGAUUAUGGAUUCGCUAUACUUGGAUUAUCUAAACUUAUUCUUAUUGAUGAUAAGAGCACCAACUCAUUAUUCAUUUCAACUAAGGAUAUGGAUGCAGCAAUUAUCAGGUUGAAGAAUUUGUUAGAGCACUAUUCAAUUUGUUGGCCAUAUGGUGUAAAUAACCCGGAAGUUUGGUACUAUCUUGGCAAGAUUUACGAGACAAUUGAUGACAAGAUACUCUUGACCAAGAGUUUAUGGAAAUGCAUUGAGUUGGAGGAUUUAAGACCAGUACGAAAUUUCGAAAUUUGCAAUUCCGCUAUAUAA